UCUCCUUUCCCCUGCCCCGUGCACGACCGACCGAUCGCGCGAUCGAUUCGACCAAGACCGCCAAAGGCACUAGCGACCGGAGAUGACCAUAAGCAGAAGAUGAUCUGAGGUGCUGUUGUUUUCUUGGAGGCCACCACCCUGCUGCUUUAUCUGCUCCAGCCAUUCAGGCAAAGGUGUUCCUUUCCACUCUCUCGACGUCUCGCGCACCCUCGGAACAAUGGCGAGGCGACGUGGACGGUGCUCCGCCGCCGCGCUUUGGCUCCUUGGCUUCAUGCUUCUGCGAGGAGCCCCGUCGCGCGCCGCCGAUACUGUCGCCGUCGGCCGCCCGUUGUCCGGCCGGCAGACGCUGGUGUCCAAGCGCGGCAAGUUCGCACUCGGUUUCUUCCAGCCAGAUAACUCCAGGCAGAACUGGUACAUCGGCAUUUGGUACAACCAAAUCUCGAAACACACCCCGGUGUGGGUUGCCAAUCGGAACGCCCCAACCUCCGACCCAGCAUCCUCACAGCUCUCCAUUUCAGACGACGGCAACGUAGUCCUCGUCGACAAACACGACGCCAACAAGGCUCCGAUCUGGUCUACAAACCUCACCAACAUCGCCUCGGGCUCGAACACAGUCGGCAUCAUCCUCGACACGGGCAACCUCGUCCUGGCAGACGCGUCCAACACAUCCGUCGUGCUAUGGCAGAGCUUCGACCACUUCGGCGACACGUGGCUCCCCGGCGGCAAGCUGGGCCGGAACAACCGGACCGGCGAGGUCACACGCCUAUUCGCGUGGAAAAGCUUCGACGACCCGGCCACAAGCGUCUUCUCCCUGGAGCUGGACCCGGACGGCACGAGCCAGUACCUGCUCAACUGGAACGGCACCAGGGAGUACUGGACGUCGGGCACCUGGAACGGCCACAUGUUCGCGGCCGUGCCGGAGAUGAUGGCCUCCAACGCGUCCCCGAUGUCGCUGUACACCUUCGACUACGUGGAAGGCAAGGAGGGGAGCUACUUCGUGUACGACGUCAAGGACGAUGACGCCGCCGUGGUCACGCGGUUCGUGGUGGACGUGACGGGGCAGAUCAAGUUCCUGACGUGGGUGGAGUCCGUCGGCGACUGGAUCCUCUUCUGGUCCCAGCCCAAGGCGCAGUGCGACGUCUACGCGCUCUGCGGGGCCUUCAGCGCCUGCACCGAGAAGUCGCUGCCGUCGUGCAGCUGCCUCCGCGGGUUCCGUGAGCGGCGGCUGAGCGCGUGGAUGCAGGGCGACCACACCGCGGGUUGCGCCCGGGACGCCGAGCUGCGGCAGCAGUGCGGCGGCGGCGUUGUCCAUGGCGCGAUGCCGAAGGGGAACAACGACGGGUUCUACGCGAUGCCUGGCGUGAAGCUGCCGAGCGACGGGCAGGGCGUGGCGGCUGCGGCGAGUGGUGGCGAGUGCGAGGCCGCGUGCCUUGCCAAAUGUGCCUGUACCGCGUACGCUUACAACGGCAGCUGCUGGCUCUGGCACGGAGGCCUCAUCAACCUCCAAGUCCAGGACACGGGGUCCGGAGGCGGAACCAUCAUGAUCCGCCUGGCCGCGUCCGAGUUCUCUACCACCGGGCACGCGAAGAAACUGACCAUUAUCCUCGUCGUCGUUGCGGCAGCUGUGGCUGUCUUCAGUGUCCUCGUCUUGGCCUUGGUUCUGAGAUCAAGGAACAGAUCAAGGGUGAGGGCGGCGAGGAGAGUCGAAGGCUCCCUGAUGGCGUUCACGUACCGCGACAUGCAGUCCGUGACGAGCAACUUCUCCGAGAAGCUAGGCGGCGGCGCCUUCGGGUCGGUGUUCAAAGGCUCGCUCCCGGACGCCACGGCCACGCCCGUCGCGGUGAAGAAGCUGGAGGGCGUCCGUCAGGGGGAGAAGCAGUUCCGAGCAGAGGUGAGCACCAUCGGCACGAUCCAGCACGUGAACCUGAUACGGCUGCUCGGGUUCUGCUCGGACAGAGCACAUAGGCUGCUCGUGUACGAGCACAUGCCAAACGGCUCUUUAGACAAGCACCUCUUCAGGUCCAACGACGGCCAUGGCAUUGGCAGCAUCCUGAGCUGGAAGACCAGGUACCGGAUAGCUCUGGACAUCGCGAGGGGGAUGGAGUACCUGCACGAGAAAUGCAGGGACCGCAUCAUACACUGCGACGUCAAGCCCGAGAACAUCCUCCUGGACGGCGCGUUCGCCGCCAAGGUGUCCGACUUCGGGAUGGCGAAGCUCGUGGGCCGCGGCUUCAGCCGCGUGCUGACGACGAUGCGGGGAACCGUCGGGUACCUGGCCCCGGAGUGGAUCACGGGCGCGGCCGUCACGGCCAAGGCCGACGUGUUCAGCUACGGCAUGGUGCUGUUCGAGAUCGUGUCGGGCAGGCGGAACGUGGAGCAGCGGGAGGACGGCGGCGCCGUGGACUUCUUCCCGUCGAUGGCCGUCAGCCGGCUCCAUGGCGGCGGCGAGAUGAAGAGCGUGGUGGAUGGGCGGCUUGGUGGAGAAGUUGACGUGGAUCAAGUGGAGCGGGCUUGCAAGGUGGCGUGCUGGUGCGUGCAGGAUGACGAGGGCGCCAGGCCCAGCAUGGGGAUGGUGGUGCAGGUUCUUGAGGGGCUCGUCGAUGUCAGUGUGCCGCCGAUCCCGAGAUCGCUCAGAGUGCUCGGAGAUCCGCCCAGCUACGUCAAGUUCUUUUCAGGGUUGCCGUCGAUCUGAAAUUGGGCAUGAAAGAUGUAGUCGAGAGACACACACGUAUCUUAUGAUCGAGGUGCACUCCUGCAUCCAAUCAGAACCAGCCGAUUACCAUCC